GAAGUUCUCCGCAAAAUCGGUAUGCUCUUAGGCCGUUCUCAACUACAGCCAGUGUGCAGAUACUGUAUGCUGUUAUCAACUAUCUAGAUACAACCAUGUUCUCUCGCAUUCUACCUUCUACCGCAUUCCGGCCACUCGCCCGCCCAUCCUACUUCACUCAGCCUCGCUUGCCAGGCUCACAUUUAUCGUUUUUUCUUAAUGCCCGUCUGUUGUCAUCAGAAACUCGGACUGCUAUCGAUAAAGCAGUCGCUUCUGCACCAGUUGUUCUCUUCAUGAAGGGCACUCCGGAGACUCCUCAAUGCGGUUUCUCACGGGCCAGUAUACAGAUUCUAGGUCUGCAAGGCGUCGAUCCCAAGAAGUUUGUCGCCUUCAAUGUUCUAGAGGAUCCAGAGCUGCGUCAGGGUAUUAAAGAAUAUUCUGACUGGCCCACAAUCCCCCAGCUUUACCUCGAUAAGGAGUUCAUUGGUGGCUGUGAUAUCCUGAUGUCAACGCACCAGAACGGGGAGCUCGCCAAAAUGCUUGAAGAAAAGGGCGUGCUCGUGGCGGCAGACUAGUCACGAGCAGAUUAUCUUCCUUUCCUAUGAUUCAUUGUUGUGUGCUUUGGUCGGGCCCUAAUUCUAGUCAUGCAGACUGUUCGAUUACCUUGUUACUGGAAAGGACAAAAAGAAUGCAAUCUAUUGGUCUAUUGCUGCACCUAUACACUCGCCGAGAAAGAUUGGAACACCAACAUCCAUGGGAGUUUCCCGAGUGGGGAAUCACCUUCGGAACGAUUUUCCCUGUACCUAUGGGAUAUGUGUAUAAAGUAUCACAAGCCAGAAAUGGCCGGAUUACAGUUCGAAUUCCAGAUCCC